AGAGUCACAAAUGAAACGGUCACACUAGCGCGCACAUGUUUUUGUUGACAAACUGAACUUGAAAUGUCUCGAAAAAAGUGGACUUCGCUAGAUAAACCUCCGCUCUCGGAGCCAGUGCUCCAGGUGGUGCAGAGCUUCGGCUUCAAGGAGAUGACGCCUGUCCAGACGGCGGCCAUUCCGCUGCUCCUAGCCCGAAAGGAUGUCUCCGCGGAGGCGGUCACUGGUAGUGGGAAAACGCUGGCGUUCCUCGUGCCUCUGCUGGAAAUCCUGCAAAGACGCCACCGAGAGACCCCCUGGGGCCCUAAGGAGAUCGGUGCUCUUAUCAUCUCGCCCACCAGAGAACUUGCCCGCCAAAUAUCCGAGGUGUUAGCACAGUUCCUGGAGCACGAAGACUUGGAGCAUCUGAAUCAACAGUUGAUUGUCGGCGGCAACAGCAUCGAGGAGGACAUAGCCACGCUGCGCAAGGAGACGCCCUGUAUUCUAGUGUGUACGCCUGGUAGACUGGAGGAUCUCUUUCAGCGCAAAGGAGAGGAUCUAAAUCUGGCUGCCCGGGUCAAGAGCCUAGAGUUUCUUGUCCUUGACGAAGCCGAUCGCUUGCUGGACUUGGGCUUUAAAACUAGUGUAAAUAAUAUACUGGGAUACCUGCCCAGGCAGCGGCGAACUGGACUUUUCUCUGCCACCCAAACCACCGAGGUUACGGACCUAAUCCGUGCGGGACUACGAAAUCCUGUGCUGGUAUCGGUGAAAGAAAAGGCCUCCGUGAAUACGCCCGCCCGCCUGCAGAAUUUCUACAAGAUUGUCGAGCCGGAACGAAAGUUUGUGGCUCUGCUGGAGUUUCUCAGUUCGCCGACCACACGUUCGGGAAAGGUAAUGGUCUUCUUUCCCACUUGCGCCUGCGUGGAGUACUGGGCAGAAGCCUUGCCGCCUCUUUUGCCCAAACGCACUGUGCUGGGAAUCCAUGGAAAGAUGAAAAACAAGCGGGCCAAUGUGGUGGAGAAGUUUCGUAACGAACCGCAAGCUGUACUUCUUUGCACAGAUGUCCUGGCACGUGGCUUAGAUGUCCCCGAGAUUGAGUGGGUGGUGCAAUGGGAUCCGCCCUCGACUGCAUCCAGCUUUGUGCACCGCGUGGGACGAACUGCUCGACAAGGAAACGAGGGCAACGCCCUGGUCUUCCUUCUGCCCAGCGAAGAUGCCUAUGUACACUUUCUGAAGAUCAACCAGAAGGUUGAGCUAAAUGAACUGCCCGCCGAGGACGAGGAAGCGGAAAAGAAGGUGCUGUCAGAAGUUUUAGACAAACUGCAUCGGCUGCAGGUGGCAGAUAAAGGCGUCUACGAUAAAGGCAUGCGCGCUUUUGUUUCCCAUGUGAGGGCAUACACCAAACACGAAUGCAGUGCAAUUCUUCGGCUCAAAGAUCUGGAUCUAGGGAAGAUGGCCACUGCAUACGGUCUUUUGCAACUGCCUCGCAUGCCGGAGCUGAAGAACUACAAGGAAGGCGGCUAUGUGGCGCCCGCAUUCGAGGUCGAUCUCACCAAGCUCACCUACAAGAACGCUCAAAAGGAGCAGGUCCGUCAGCAGAAAAUGCAAACGUACGAGCAAACAGGCAACUGGCCGGGCCAAAAACAGCAUAAGAAGCGCGUCGAGUCCUGGGAUCAGACCAAAAAGGCCAAGCUGGAUGCCAAGUCCAAAAAGGAGUUGCGAAAGGCCAAGAAACAGCGAAAGAAAGCGGCGGAGGCUGAAGCCGGAUCGGGGAAGGGAAAGAAGAGGCAGCAGUUCAGCCAGGAGGAUCUAGAUGAGCUGGCUAGCGACAUUCGACUCUUCAAGCGGCUUAAAAAGAACAAGAUCAGCGAGGAACAAUUCGACAAAGCGAUGGGCAUCGAGGACGACAAUGAGUGACCUUAGUUUGGUAUACAUUUGUAUGUAUGUACAACAAAAAGAAGAUAGUUGUAUUUUAAAACUUCUUAUUAAAAUAUCGGUUUAAUUAGUUAUAUAAAUACAAAAAUAUAUUC